AUGUCGGAUGAAGACAACAAUGUCAUGGGUCCCGUUAUGGAUGCAACACCUGAAAUCCAAGCACUAGCGGAGCGUCCAGAAAUAAAAGAAGCAGCAAUCCAUGCAUUACACAAAAAACAUCACGAAAAUAAAAUACAUCAUUUCACUGAAAAAAAUCGAGAAAAACAAUUGACAGAUUGGCAAGUAACGCAGUAUGCCGAAGAACAGGCAGCAUAUGGUAUCAAUUAUUUUAUGAAUGUAUCCAUUGGCAAUGGCUUAUUCAUUCAUAUACGAGUUCAUCGACGCGAAGACUGCGACAAAGUUGUCAGUUUAUCAUUGAAUGACUGCCAAAAGCGUAUUAAAAAAGUUCGACGAUCAAAUGGUAAAUAUUCUUGUCUAACUGAAUCAACAUUCAAUGAAUAUGCCAAUGGACGUUUACCGUGUGAUACAAUGCGUAUUGGUGACAAUCUUAAUAGAAAAAGUUAUGGAACAGCUACAGCAUUGGGCUCAAAUUUAUGUGCAGACAAUAUGAUCUAA